UGGAAAUACUGUAAAACUUUUAUUCGGACCUCUACGGAAAAACCCCCCCAUGAUCCUCCGGGGGAACCCGAACGUCAGAUUUGAAAGCCGGGAGAGAGAGAGAGGGGGCAGAACAGCUGGGCGGAACAGAUGUGUUUACUACGUGUGUCUGAGAGGCUGGUGAAGGCUGUUGCAUAAUCGCUGUAGUUGCAGGAGGGGAGAAGCGCGUGUCGUCCGCGCUCAGACCGGCCGGAUCCCAGAGCUGAGAAACCAGUUGGUGUUCAUGGAGUGGAGCUCGGCUGUGGUGUGGACCUGCCUGCUGGGGGCCGGACUCACACUGGCCUUUUCCACUACAACCUCCAUGACUGGCCCCCGACCCCCGCGGCUAAUUGAUUGUGUGUUCCAUCAUUAUGCUAAUGUCACCUGCCGCUGGGAGGCUGGUGACACCCCAACGACACACUACACUCUGGAAGUUGUGAGGGGCAAGAAUAGGACUCUAAAAAACAACAGCCGGUUCACUUGCACCACAACUGACACCAGCUGCACAGCGAUCACCAACUCCUCCGUGAGGGUUCACUUCUGCAUCAGCGUCAUAGCACACAGUCACAGACGGGACAUAACAUCGCAUCGUCCGUGUCAGUCUGGUAGGAUUGAAGUGAUGUUGUAUCCAGUGCCUUUGAAUAGCGUCAAGCCAGUCAGAGGGAGACCUCAUUGUCUGUAUGUAACCUGGGAGCGCAUCGUGACUGUCUUUCCUGUAUCUUUCAUGGAAAUCUACGCUGGAGACCUGAAAUCCCAAAUUGAGUUCACCGCCGAGGGGCAGUUGAAUGUCCAGGUCAAAAAUGUGACAGUGAAUGACACCAGCUUCCUGGUGUGUCUCUUCAGGCCUGACACCUUAUACACCAUCAGGCUUCGUCACAGCUACAAGGGCCCACAGAGUCCUUGGAGCCUGUGGAGCAAUGCCCGCCAAGGAAGGACAGGAGAGGAUGCUCCAUCUGCAGCGCCAGCUUUCUGGAGGCGAGUGAAACAAACAGACAAGAAUGAUUGGAGACUCGUCUCACUGCUGUGGAAGCCCUUGCCUCGCUUCCUAGCCAAUGGCAGAGUUCUCUUCUUCAAUGUGACUUGUCAGACAGAAAGCACUCAAAUCCUGAACGAUCAUGGGAGCUGCAGAGAUUUGCCCCAUACAAGUACUUCCUGCAGCUUGCGCCUCCCUGCUGGACGAUGCUCCUGUGCCCUGACGGCCUCCACCUCUGCAGGGACCUCGCCAGAAGCCCGAAUAUGGCUCCCUGGAGCUUCUGAGACAGAGCUUCCGCCCCCGGAGCAAAUCACUGCAAGUCCGCUGGAUGAUAACAGCUUGGAUGUUCGUUGGACAGCUCCAGCGACUCAGUCACCGAGCGGCUUUGUAGUGGAGUGGUUUGCUGUCGGAGAGAACAGCAGCAUCCUACACUGGGAAAGGCUGAAUAGUUCCUGUACUUCGCUGGUCAUCACAGAGGGAGUAAAGCCAAUGGAGCGUUAUGUUGUUUCGGUCAAGGCCCUGUAUGGUGAACAAGGGGCGGGGCCAAACAGGACGGCCCACAAUUAUACACGCCAAGGAGUGCCCUCAGCUUGUCCUGCAGUGGAGACGCCAAAGAUCAUUGGCAGCACAGUGAAGCUCGUCUGGAGUCCUGUACCUGAGGAGCUGCUUCAUGGUUUCAUCCGCAACUACAUACUCUCUUACUCAACAGGCAACCACACAGCCAAAAGAGUGCUUCUGCCUGGUGACGUUCACAGUUGUUCUCUGAAGAAUCUGUCGCCUGGUAACUACAACAUCUCACUUCAGGCCAACACUGAUGCUGGAGCCGGAACAGCUUGGAUCAAUCAUGUGCACAUAACCUCUGAGGAUAUCUCGAUAGUGAUGUGUGUCCUGCUUCCUCUUGUGCUGACUUCACUGGCGCUGGUGUUGAUGGCCUGCCUGACACAGAAUAAGAUGGUGAAACAGACGCUGUGUCAAUACGUCCCGGAUCCCUCCAACAGCAGUUUAGCCCUCUGGAAGCCAAAAAUUGCUUUGGAGAGUAUGAGGUGGCCUGCAACAGCAGAGAAGACUGAAAUCAGAUACUCUGAAGUUAUUUUGCUCAGCAAAAGCAAGCUACAGGACCCAGAUAAGGACAUCAACUAUCAAAGCUUCCGUAAUCUCCAAACAUAUUCCACUCCCUGCUGCUCUCCGCUCCCGGUUUCACAUGAGACACCUCAAAAUACCAGAAAAUUGGAGGUUGAGUGCAACAAAAGCUCCACCAGAGCCAAAACGACCUCCAACACUGAUCUCUCUUCCAGCAUCUCCAUCUACUCCAGCAUCCUCUUGACUCAGACUCCAAAAAGUCUCCCUGCACCUCAUCUCCAAUCCAACGACUGGCAGCAGAGCGCUGUCAGCGUCAAUGACGUUAAGCGACAGGCAGGUGGAGGCAGUGAGCCGUCUGUGUUCCUGCAGGGCAGGAGCACUGCGAGGUCUGAUUCACCUCUUUCCCAAACAGAUAAGCUGAAAAACUUGCAUCAGUUACUGAGACAGCAUCAAAACCCUGCCUCUUUCUCCGACUUCAACAGCAUCUCUCAUUCCUCCGUCUUCCUCUAUCACCCAGUUCAGGUCGCCUCGCCACAAAAUCCUUUUUCUCGAAACCUCUGUAACUCGGUCCCGUCGCUCCAGCCCGACGCCUACACUCGCACCGAUGCUCUCUCUGACUCUUUAACUACGUCGCUUUCACCUUUUCCUCAAACUCUUUUUGUGGAAUUUUCCUACUGUCCUGUGGAGUGUAACCCCUAGUUUGAUUCCAGGGAAAAAUAAAGCUGAUUAGUUUUAUUGCAGUAUUUAUAAAUAAUAUGCACAUAAUAUGAACACACACUUUGACUUUUUAUCAAAGCUUUCAUUAUUUUGUCAUCGCGGACUGGAGAGUUGUAAAAUGUGUUUGUCUUUAAAUCUCAUCUAAUUUCAAUUUAAAAUCUGUUUUAAAUCAGUCUGAGAGAAAAGAUUAGAUUUUUCCUGACAUUUUUAAUGCUCAGUAUCCAGAUAUAUGUUAAAAUAAUAACCUGGCUCAGUCCAAAGGUAAAGAAAAAUGGCCUACCAGCACCUGUAAAGCUCACUUAUGGGCACAUGUUUGUGUAAUCUGUACAAAAUCUUAAGUGUAAAAACAAUCUGUGGUUCUGAGUAGGGCUUAUUGGCUUACUUGUGGGCAGAGCCAGGCUAGCUGUUUACACCUGUUUCCAGUCAUUAUGUUAUGCUAAGCAAAGCUAAGCUAAGCUAAGCUAAGCUAAGCGGCUGUAGCUGUAUAUCUUUCGUACAAACCACAGAGUGGUGUCAGUCUUCUCAUCUAACUCUUAGCCAAAAAGCGAAUAAGCAUAUUUCCCAAAACCUCCAACUGUUACUUCAAUCACAUCCUCUUUGUUUCAAAAGGUUGAACACUUUUUAUAGACACUGUAUUAUUUGUGAUUGUUAUAUGAAAAAUAUAUAUUUUAUUAAAUGUUUUUAAUUUUGACAGCAUACAAAGACUUGACUAGAUUGCAUGCCAGUUAACAGCAUUUUUGUACUGUGUACUGUAUGUCCAUUACAUUCCUGUUGGUCCGUUUCUCCUGGUGGCAGCUGAUUCUCAAUGUUGAUGCAGUGUGUCUAAUCUCAACAUAUUACAUUUUUUUCUCUGGUACACACUUGCCGUUCAGACGUUCUCAGCUCUUUGGAGUUCUGUCAUCUCAUGUUACUUUGAAAACACACAUACUUCAUAUUCAGACCUUGUUUGUAGCUAAAAUGCUGCUGACUUGAAUUCAACAUUAAAACGAGCCACGUUUGUAGCAGUGUUUGCGAUUAUUUAAGAAUGUGAUUUUUUUUUUUUAUGUUUAAGGAUGUUGAGAUGUGUAGUCAAUGCAUGAACCACUGUUUCAACAUUAAAACAAAUAUGCUAUGUGAUGAUUGAAA